UGUAGUGUGCAACAGCUUGUGGGUGAUGAGACAGCAGCUAAUAUCUGCCCCCACCUCUUCCCUUUUGCGCGCGGCGCGCCUGCACGCGCCGGGAUCAUUUUAAUGGUAAAUAUCACGGGAAGGUCUCACCCUUCUCAUUGGCUCAGAAGUCAGAGACCCCGUCAUAUAAAGCAGGAGCGUCUGAUCCAGCAAAGCCCCGUCUUUCCGCUGAGGAUCGCGCUUCGAGCAGGAAAUCACCUUUUACGCACGGAGAGUUUGGAGAGGCUGCGCCGAGCGCCUGUGAUUUCACUCUGGAAGGGAAAGAGUUGAACAGCCAACAGAUAAACUGUGAGCUGAGGCGUCUGAGUGGGCAUGUGGUUACUGGAGAAGCUCCGCAGUGGGACACAUUCCCGUCCCCCGCAGACAACUGAGGCCAUUCCAGUCUCUGUUUAUGCCAAUGUACUAACUCCAGAAAGAAUCCCAGAUUUCUUCAUCCCACCCAAACUUAUCUGCUGCCCGCCGGAGGAGUCCUCCAGUCCAGAACCUAAGCGCUGCUCUGCACUGAGACCCUCCUCCUCUGACAAUGCCAUCUGCAGCCAGAGCCCCAGGGCUCGGAGCAGCAAGAACAUCUGCAGCCCUCGCCUCUUUUCCCGCAACCUCCAGAAGUCUGCCAAUCGUCACAUCAUCCAGAUAGAGAGUGCUGAUGAGCCAGGGGCCCAGGCCGGGGACAGGAGGGGUAUGGAUGUUAACACCAAUGCUGACCCCCAAUCACAGACGGCAAUGUCACUAACGUACGUCCCCAAAGCUCAGACCUCGUAUGGCUUCUCCACCUUGAUGGAGUCUCCUCACACCAGGCGUAAGGAAAGCCUGUUCCACAGUGAUCCCAGCAGCCCUCUCACCUCCCCGAACUCCCAGAGGCGCUCCCACGGGGGGACCCUGCUGGCCCCAGCUGACCCCAACCCCUACAGAUACUUCAGCGGUGGGGAGAGUGACACCUGCUCUUCAGCUGAGUCCUCCCCCUUUAACUCCCCUCUCCUGUCCCGAUCGGCCUCCUUCCUUCGCUCCAUCACCCAGGAGACCCAAGCCAAGGUCUCUCGAGCCAAGCGCUCCCUGGCUCGCCACAGCUCCCUUUCCACUGACGAAUGCAGCUCAGCAGACAACAGCCCCAACAUGCAGCGGCGCCGCUUGCGCUGCCCUCCCUCCACUGCCUUCCGUGGAUGCAAAACCAGCGCCUUAAGGGGCGCAGCCUCAGACCUCCUGCAGCGAGAGCACACCAUCAACCUCCACAAGGGGGGAACGCUGAGGCUGAGCACCCACUACGACUCCGAGGCAGCGCGGCUGAGGGUGCGCGUGCUCACAGCCGAGGCCCUGUACAACAGGCAGACAGAGCUGAAAAGCAUCAACUGCUGCGUGGCGCUUUAUCUGAACCCCGGCAAGAUGCAGAAACAAAGGAGCACCAUCAUCAAGAACAGCAGGAACCCGGUUUUCAAUGAGGACUUCUUUUUCGACGCGCUGCCCCAGGCGCAAGUGAAGAGCCUGGCUAUGAAGAUAAAGGUUGUGAACAAAGGAACCAGCCUGAAGAGGGAUGUCCUUCUAGGAGAGAGGGAGGUGCUGCUCAGUGAGCUGCUGGCAGGCCUCUAGGGAGCGCCUGUCAAGGGUCCUGUAAAAAAAAGCAAGCCCCCCCCCCCCCCCAACCACCCACUGCUGACCUUUCUAUUCACACAUCUGACAAGAGGACACCAGGAAGCAUGCAGAUGAACAGGGAGGUGUUACGUAUGUCCAUUAAGUUAGACUUGAUCAAGAUGUCGUUAUCAGUUUGUUAAUAAAACAGGAGCACUGUGUUUGACCAACACCUGUUUAACUAUGAUCUUGUUUAUUUUUGUAUUGUGUCUGAGGUUUUUUGCAUGUAAAUGUGAAAAAUGACAAAUGAAAGUUUGGGACAUUGUGACUUCAUGUGAUGUUUAAAUAAAUAGCACAUGCACAAAA